CUCGGGCCAACAGUACAACGCGACUUUCACAAGCUCCCAAGCCCCUAAAACAAAUCAACCAGGUUUCCAAGGAAUACGUCAGACGAAGCUCAGCACUGCACAACACAGCUUGCGCCGCGACCUUCUAACGACCACGACAGCUCGACUCCGAAGUCCUACUCGUGCCUUCGACCUACUAUUCCCUCCAUCUACACUCGCCAGGUACUUCCAGUCCGCUACAUAAGUGUGCACAAGAGCGCAUAGGCACUUCCCCACCCAACCUUGGCAUUUCAGACUCUGCGCCUCAAGUCUUCGGCGGAAGACGCAGGAAUACGUUGAUUCUCUUUCACAGUACGAACGAACCGUGGCAAUGGCGAAACCUCGACGUGGGGUCAAGUUCAACCACCGCAAUGGCAGCAGUACGAGUGUGGAUGGACGAAGAAGCAGCUUCUCCGACAUCAGCGAGGCCGCCUCAGAGCCAGGUUCCCCUUUGAAAGCUGCAAAUGGAAAUGCUGCAUCAGAAGCGCUAGAAACCCAAGCAUCCGAAUAUGAGAAGAAGAAACAAACAUUUAUCACUCGAUCGAUAUGGACAUUUGUUAUGAUAGGCGGAUUCUUCGGUGCCAUGUUCGCGGGACACAUCUACAUAAUAGCGAUCGUUACUGCAAUUCAGAUCGUGUCUUUCAAAGAGGUUAUUGCUAUUGCGAACGUCCCCAGUCGAGCCCGGCGACUACGGUUUACAAAAGCUCUGAAUUGGUAUUGGCUGGCGACAACAAUGUACUUCCUGUACGGCGAGAGCGUUAUCUACUAUUUUAAGCACAUCGUACUGGUCGACAAAGUGCUUUUGCCUUUUGCGACCCAUCAUCGAUUUAUCAGCUUUGUGCUCUACGUUAUAGGAUUCGUCUUCUUCGUUGCGUCCUUGCAAGCGGGCCAUUAUCGAUUUCAAUUUACCCAAUUCGCGUGGACACAUAUGGCUCUGUACCUUAUUGUGGUUCAGGCGCACUUUAUCAUGAAUAAUGUCUUUGAGGGAAUGAUUUGGUUCUUCCUACCUGUCUCUCUGGUCAUUUGCAACGAUAUUUUUGCCUAUAUUUGUGGUAUUACAUUUGGCCGUACACAACUCAUCAAACUCUCGCCCAAGAAGACCGUCGAAGGAUUUGUCGGAGCUUGGAUUUUGACAAUUAUCUUUGGAGUUGGCAUGACGAAUGUUUUGAUGCGAUACAAAUACUUCAUAUGCCCGGUCAAUGAUCUCGGAGCGAACAUUUUCACCGGGCUUGAAUGCACACCCAAUCCCGUUUUCAUACCUCACCUUUACCACCUUCCAAUCUGGUUUCCAUACGUCAAGUCCUUCUUAAUGGCACCAAUGCAGAUUCACAUCCUUGUAUUUGGAACAUUCGCCUCCCUUAUUGCCCCAUUCGGUGGCUUCUUUGCCUCUGGUCUCAAACGGACUUUCAAAAUCAAGGACUUUGGGGACUCCAUUCCCGGGCACGGUGGAAUCACGGAUCGCAUGGAUUGUCAAUUUAUUAUGGGAUUCUUUGCAUACAUGUAUUAUCACAGUUUCAUUGCGGUGUACAAGGUAUCCCUCGGUGGAGUUAUUGAGACAGCCAUCACUGGUCUCACUCUUGAAGAGCAGAUGGAGCUUGUCAAGGGAAUCAGCAAACAUCUGCACAACCAAGGUGUUAUUGCUGAAGGAGUUUUGGAUUGCCUGAAUCUCGCGGUGAAGAGGAGAUGAGAAAAAAGUUUUUGUGUUACGAGUGACGAUUUUCAAUGGUGCAUGGGGUUCUCCUGUAUAUUACCUUCUAAUUUGUCCAUAUGUUUACCAAUGGGGUUGGGAUAUUCUUUGGUGCAAAUGGAGGUAGAUUGAUGACUGGAGACUUCUAAAACUCGGGCCGAAGGCACAAGUAGGCUGAAAACAGCUUUCCCGCACCAAGCAUUCAUUGGAGUAUGGCAUAGCAACGAGGGCCCAAUAGCGAUGGAAAUACUGCAUUUCAGUGCUAUGAACGAUUCAAAACUGAGCCGUUUUACACUACUUCACGCACUCACUGAAAAGAUCGGUUGCAUCAAGUGAUGAGUUUUUUGAAAGAGGACAACAUCACGAGCGUGGGCCAUCCAUCUCAUUUCAACAAAUUAUUUUUUUAUUAAAGAAAAUAUCAUUUGAAUUGCAAUUGAGCUGGCAAUCCACCACGGGGCUUUCCUUCCAAAAUCUGUCAGAGGUGUAGUUUG